AUGUCCAACAUCCAUGUACGCGCACGCGCGCGCGCGCGCGUGUGUGUGUGUGUGCAGAACAAAUCCGUCUCCUACCGCGUCGUGCACACUGCACCGUGACAGUCAACAACUGAAUCGAUGUCGGCCUCGGUGUGGGCCGCGCGUUUGGAAGCGCACGGGCGAUGGCUCCUCCCCGUCCUGGGGUUCUACAACGGUGCCGUCAUAUCCUGGACGAUCAACGUAAGUAAACUGGCUGAUAUUCACCUGUGUCGUGUGAGACGUUUCCCAGACAUGAUGUGACGGUCCCUCUUCAUUCGUAGUCUUGGAUCCACCUUGACCGCUUUUACAGCGAACUCGAACGAAAAAAAUGGUUGUUCAGCAGCGAGCGUAUGGUCUGGGAGGUAGUGCGCAAAUUCAGGCGCGAGGAGCUGGAGCAGCUGGCUCAGUUGAAAGACCAGCAAGAGCGGAUGCGUCAAUCAAACCUGGGCAAGUAG